AUGACUACAGAAAUUUUUGAAAGAUGGUUACGAAAUUGGGAUGCUGAAUUAGAAGAAAGCCACACAAAAAUUUUACUAUUAGUUGAUAAUUGUCCUGCUCAUGAAAGUGUUAAAGAUCUGAAGUACAUUAAACUUGUGUUUUUACCAUUAAAUGUUACUUCUGUGCUUCAGCCUAUGGAGCAAGGUGUUAUAAAGUGUUUAAAAUAUCAUUAUAGAAGACUGCAAGUGUUAAAUAUCGUACGGAACCUUAACAACGAUAACCAGAAGACCUUUACGGUUCUCGAUGCAAUUUUGAUGAUAUCAGAAGCGUGGGAAAACGUUUCGCAAAAUACUAUAGCUGAUUGCUUUAGACAAGCAGGUAUAACCGAGUUCUUAACAAUUGACUCAGAUGAUGAUGUUAUGCCUCUGGUACAACAGAUUUUCGUUACUGAUGACGAUGAAGAGGAAGUGGCUUUAGCUCAAUUGGCGCAAAGUUUGCGACCUCCUUUGACUGUUACGGAAGUAGAGCAGUUUGUGAAUAUAGAUAACUCCAUUGCUAUUUGUCCACCAGCUGCAGAGGAUAAUGUCCAAGGAAUUGCAACUGUGAAAGAAGAAAUGGACGACAGAGACACUGAAGAAGAAUUUAGUAUACCAAGUCUUAAUGAUGGUCUUAAUGCCAUUAAUGUAUUAAGAAAAAUUAUGCUUUGUAAGGAACAGUAUCAGAUUCAGGGUAAUUAUGAUGAUACACUCAUUAAUAUCAAACGUGAACUGCAAAAUUCGUAUGUUCAAGAUGAAUGUUUGAAAGAGACUAAAGUUACUACAGAUUUUAUUGCAAUGCAAUAA